CCGGCGUAGGGCACGUGUCCACUAUAAAUUACGGAAGGCGGCGCUGCACUUGGCUUACACCGACGGAGAAGCAUCGUCAGCAAGGUGAUUCAGUCCCCACCUGUAUACAGUAGCCAUGUCAGACCUCUGUGUUGGAAUCAACGGCUUCGGUCGUAUCGGCCGUCUGGUCUUGAGGGCUUGCCUCCAGAAGGGCAUCAAAGUUGUUGCCAUCAAUGACCCCUUCAUUGACCUUCAGUACAUGGUCUACAUGUUCAAGUAUGACUCCACCCAUGGCCGUUACCAUGGCGAGAUCUCCCACGAGGAUGGGAAGCUUAUCGUCGAUGGCAAUGCCAUCUCUGUGUUCCAGUGUAUGAAGCCAGCAGAGAUCCCUUGGGGCAAUGCUGGAGCUUUGUAUGUUGUGGAGUCCACUGGAGUCUUCCUCAGUGUGGAGAAAGCCUCAUCUCACAUCCAAGGUGGGGCUAAGCGUGUGGUUGUCUCCGCCCCCUCACCUGAUGCUCCAAUGUUUGUCAUGGGAGUCAAUGAGGACAAAUAUGACCCCUCCUCCAUGACCAUCGUCAGCAAUGCCUCUUGCACCACUAACUGCCUGGCGCCCCUGGCUAAAGUCAUCCAUGACAACUUUGGCAUUGAAGAGGCUCUUAUGACUACAGUGCACGCAUACACAGCCACUCAGAAGACAGUGGAUGGUCCCAGUGCUAAGGCCUGGCGCGAUGGACGUGGUGCCCACCAGAACAUCAUUCCAGCCUCCACCGGUGCUGCCAAAGCUGUGGGCAAGGUCAUCCCUGAACUCAAUGGUAAGCUGACAGGCAUGGCCUUCAGGGUGCCAGUUGCUGAUGUAUCAGUGGUCGACCUGACAUGCCGCCUCUCCCAGCCUGCAUCCUACGCUGAUAUUAAGGAAGCCGUGAAGAAGGCUGCACACGGCCCCAUGAAGGGGGUGCUCGGAUACACCGAGGACCAAGUGGUGUCCUCUGACUUCGUUGGCGACACCCACUCCUCCAUCUUUGAUGCUGGUGCUGGCAUCUCCCUCAAUGACAACUUUGUCAAACUCAUUUCCUGGUAUGACAAUGAGUUUGGCUACAGCCACCGUGUUGCUGACCUGCUGAUGUACAUGCACUCCAAGGAGUAGGCACUUCCUGUCCAGAAAGGAAGUCAGGAAAGGGACCACCCCAACCAACUACCCACCCCUCCCCUUCUCUUUUACACACAGACUCCCCCCAUAGCCAAGUCUUAGCAUCACAAUCCUUUAGCAAUUCUAUUUGUAGGCAGCAGCAGCGAUGCAGUCGAGUGUUUUGAGUUAAUCUGUUUUAUCCUUUAAUUACGAAACGGUUGGUCGGUGACAGUAUUUGUUGUGUCCGUGUGUCCCCCUCCAACUCCCACUGCCAUUUUAGAUGUCUUUAUGGUCACAUUCCAUGGUUGACUACUGUAUCCAUCUCCCUAUUGGUGUGUUUUAAAGGCUUAUUAAACAGUGGAAGGAGAAGAAGAGAGGCAGAGCUACUGUAUGUCCGUUAAUGAGCAAUGAGAAUAAGAAAUAAAACUUGAAAAACCUAAAGCUGUCUUCUUGGCUUU